AUGGGAGACUACGGUGAAAACAAGGGACCCGUGGGAGGUGUCGCCCCCCCGAUCCCAUCCGUGACUGCUCCCACCGGCAACUUGAGAGGAGACGCCGGUCUGCUCGGAGGCAAUGCUCCGCGCCCUGACCCCGAUACCUCCGAUUCAGCCAUCGUCGACGAUGUCCAGCUCGUUCCUGGCCAGCAAGCAGACGGAAAACUCGGCCUCUAUCUCAACUUUGACGGUGUCGAUGCCCCCCAGCCCAUCCGCGGCAAGCUGGGAUCCCCGGACCCGGGCCCGAGGACCAAUGCCUACGAGAAGCUCAACCCCGACUUAUACGCCCCGCCGGCGACCGACAAGGGCGACGUGGAGAACGCCAUGUGGCCCCUCGGGCUCUCCCACAACCGCCUCGGCAGCGAGUCCGGCGCGGGCUGGGCCCGUCAGCAGAACACCAAGGUGCUGCCCGUCGCCACGAGCAUGGCCGGCGUCGACAUGAAGCUGCAGCCCAACGCCUACCGCGAAAUGCACUGGCACACGUCGGCCGAGUGGGCGCUCAUGCUCAAGGGCAGCUGCCGCAUCGCCGCGAUGAACGAGGACGGCAAGAGCUUCGUCGAUGACCUGACGGCCGGGGUGAGUCCAGAUUCUUCAUUGGAGACCGUACAGAGCAUGGGUGCUGAUCAAGUUCAGGAUGUGUGGUUCUUCCCCAAGGGCGUGCCGCACAGCAUCCAGGCGUUCGACCAGGGCACCGAGUUCCUCCUUGUCUUUGACAACGGAGGUUUCAGCGAGGAGAACACGUUUCUCGCCUCUCAGAUGUUUCUGAGAAAUCCGCUGUCGGUCCUUUCGAAGAACAUGAAGGUGGACGUCUCUGCCUUUGACAACAUUCCUCAAGACCAGCGAUACAUCUUCAACGGCACGCCCCCGCCCAAGGACAUCCAGGAACAGAACCAAACCUCGUCAGCCGGGUCUCUCGUCGGCGCCGAGUCCUACACCUACCACUGGUCGCAGCAGCAGCCCCUGCAGGUCCCCGGCGGCACCGUCAAGAUCCUCGACUCGCAGACGUUCCCCAUCGCGAGCAACUUCGCCGCGGCCCUCGUCGUCGUGCAGCCCGGCGCGAUGCGCGAGAUCCACUGGCACACGACGAGCGACGAGUGGAACUACUUCCUCCAGGGCUCCGGCCGCAUGACCAUCUUCGAGGCGCCCGAGGCGUCCCGCACCUUUGACUUCACGGCCGGCGACGUCGGCUACAUCAAGGUCGGCGACAGCCACUACAUCGAGAACACGGGCACCGAGGACGUCGUCUUCCUCGAGGUGCUCCAGGCGCCCAAGUUCUCCGACAUCAGCGCCGCGCAGUGGUUGGCCCUCACCCCCAAGCAGGUCGUCAAGGACACUCUGAACCUCUCGGACGAGGUCAUUGCUGCGCUGCCUCGCGAGAAGGAGUACAUCAAGCCUGGAAACCCCAACAUGACGGCGUUGGCGGACGGUGGGAAAAGCGUUAAGAGAAGUUUCAAGGCUUAG